AUAUUACAAGUUCUAUACAAAUAUUAGCAUAUUACACCAUAUAUUUUGUGUUAAAGUUGGACAUAAAACAAUUACCAAAGAUUAUUUUUAUAUGCUAACGUUUUUCAUAUUUAGCCUGAGAGUUAGUGAAGUGAUUCGCAGGAUUUAUUAAAAUGGACUAAAACGUGGAAUAAUUUUAUUAUAACCUAAGUUAUAUGCUAUGAUUUUUGUUGAGUCCGCUUGCGGAUGUGAAGACAUAUGGCUGUUUGGUGUAUGUUUGUGCGUGCGUCAGUGCGUGCGUCCAAGCGUCUGUCUUGAUUUGUCUGUUCGGACCAUAACUUUGACAUGCAUGGAGCAAUCUUGUUUAUAUUUGGCAUGAAUGUUAACGUCAGUGAGACGGAGUGAAAAUGCACAAAUCCCAGGUUCCUAUCUCAAAGGUCAAGGUCACAGUCACAGUUUGAGGUCAAAGGUCAUGUCAGAUUUUGUCCAGCCUGAUCCAUAUUUGACAUGAAUGUUUUACUCAAUAAGACGGACUCUUAUCUCAAAGGUCAAGGUCACAAUUAUGGCUCAAAGGGUGGGCUUGUUGGCAUCCAGAUUAUAUGUUUAGCCAGAAAGUAAUGGAUUUAGAGGACUAAAACAUGGAAUUACGGUACUUAAACAUAGCCUAGUUUACCGGGCAUUUGCUAAGAUAAUUGUUAUACAGUCAAACCUGUCUAUAAAGACCACCCUUGGGAAAACCAAAAUGUGGUCUUUAUCGGGAGGUGGUCUUUAUUCACAGGUUAAAAUACACUGUAAAUGUUAAAAAGGGAAACAAAGCAUGUGGUCUUUAGAGCCAGGUGGUCUCUGUUCAGAGGUGAUUUGAACACAGGUUUGACUGUAUUUAGCCUGAGAGUAUUAAAAUAAAGUUAAAAAGUCUAAUACUAUGUACUGUGUUAUUUUUAAUAUAUAGCCUGAGAGUAAAUGAAGUGUUUCACUGGAGUUGAAAGAAUGAUUUAAAUAUAGCCUAAAGCUAGUAUAUACUCAAUUCAUUAUAUAUGCUAGGUGGACAAGUGUAUUGGAUAAAUAUUCAAAUAAAAGGAUUUUAAAACUGUUGAUAUUAGAUAAAACACUUGAAUUUUAAAUAAGUGAAAUUUAAAACUUGAUAUAAAUUAUGCUGAGAUAAAACAAUUGAUGUCUACCUGGUUUGAUCUUGGUGGAAGUAUUGCCAGUACAAAUUCAGGACUUUUUCAGGAUUUUUAUAUGAGCAGUUUUCUUGGUAUAAAAAGCACAGAGCAGCCAGCAGAUAUGGAGAUGAGUAAAACUUACACGGACGAACACGAUAUAGACCCUGCUGAGGAGGAACAGACGUUCAAACAAAUGAUGAAAAAUGUUGGCGCAACCAAUCUCUUUGAUGACGAGUCGACUAUACAAGGUCUGUGGUGCCGGCUGAAGAGGGAUGACCCUGAUAUGGCUACUCACUUUGAGGACUUUGUCUACCGUGUGUCUAAUGAAAUAAAGAAAUCUAAAGUGGACUUUGAUACACUCGAAGGAGCAUUGAGAAGCAGGACAACAGCACACGACGAGGAAGUAAGGAAACUGUAUGAGGAAAUGGAGGUUCAGAUUAAACAGGAGAAAGAAAAAAUUCUAAAUGAGGAGAAAGCCAAAGAACGUCAGCUAAGGGAGGCAAUGGAAAAUGAGAUUUAUGAGAAGGACAAACAGUUACAGGAACUCAUGGCGAAGCAUGCUGAGAUGGAGGAGAAGUUAGGGUAUUUGAACACUAUAGAAACAGAGACCAAAAUAGAAAAUGAGAAACUUGCAAAGGAUAAGGAUGAACUGGAAGACAUGUUGAUGAAGUCACAGAGCAGGCUGGAGGAGUCACAAUCUUACAUCAGCCAGCUACAACAACAACAGAAAGAUGAUAAAAGAGAAAGAGCAAAGGCUGCUAUACAGUUGUCUGAGGGCAUAGCUGUAGAAAGAGAGACCCUAGUCAAACAGCUGGAUAUGCUAAAAAACAUGAACAGAAAACUUCAGGAUGAGAAAGAUGAAGCUGACUUAAGGCGGGACACAUCCUUCCAUAACACAAGUUUGGAACAAGAGAUGGAGGAACCAAGCACACGGAGGGAAAGCCCGAGGCGUGGCAACCUUGAGAGGCAGGGGUCAACACUCGGAAAAUAUUUCAAUACAAAAAGAAUUCCAAAACUAUCUUCAUGCUCAGAGUCUAUCACAGAAGAAGGCGUAGAGAAAGACGAAUCGGGCGGACUGACGGACAUUGACGACGGAAUUGAAUGUGACGACGACAUUUACAUAGAUGGACAAGCACCUGCAUUUAUACAUCAUAGCGUAGAUAGUAUUCACCACAGUAGAACAGUUCCACAAUCACCAUGGCAACAGAGAAUGGGAAAACCAGCAGACGCAGCAGAUAGUGGCCUUGACAGUGUAGAUGGAAGUUCUACAGAGCCUGUUAAAAAUAGUGAAAGGUCUACAGCAGCAACAAAGGAACUAUCUAAAUAUAGUUCCACAGAACCUCCUAGAUAUGGUGAAAACGCCAUGGUGCCACAAAAAGAGCAUGUUAGAAAUAGUGAAAGGUCCACAGCAGUACCAGAGGAACUACUAGUAUCUAGAUAUAGUUCCACAGAACCGCUUAGAUAUGGUGAAACAUCAACGGUGACACAAAAAGAUAGUCCAAGUUCAUUUUCUCCAAACUCCCAAAGAGUGCAGCCGGUCGGUGCAGAUGAACUUACAGAUUCUGGAAUACAGACUGGUACCGAGUCUACACCACUACAGAGAGUGUUCAAAGUUGUGUUUGUCGGCGACUCGGGUGUCGGAAAAUCCAGCUUUAUACAUAGAUUCUGUAAAAGCUAUUUCAAGGCAUCAUAUGCAGCCACUAUUGGUGUAGAUUUUCAAAUAAAGAACCUGCCAAUCGAGAAUCAGAUCAUUGUUUUACAGUUAUGGGAUACAGCUGGUCAAGAAAGGUUCCGUAGUAUAACCAAACAGUACUUCAGAAAAGCAGAUGGAGUUGUGGUGAUGUACGAUGUUACCUCGGAAACGUCCUUUACCAAUGUGAGAAACUGGAUGACCAGUGUUCAGGAUGGUGCAAGUGAUGAUGCGGUUCUUGUGUUGCUAGGCAACAAAAACGAUCUACCAGAAGAUGAUGAUACAAAAGCUGUCAAAAUGAAAGAUGGAUCUCGACUGGCUGAUGAAUAUGGUACAUUGUUUUAUGAGACAAGCGCUCUUAGUGGGGAAAAUGUUAACAAUGCAAUGGAAGCCCUUGCAAGGGUAUUAAAGGAGAAAGAAGACAAAGAGAUAGAGAAAUCCUUCCGUCUUGAGGAUGAACCGAAAAAGAAAGGCUGCUGCAGUUGAUCCUAGUUUUCCUAAUCUCUGUUGACAGAUCAACACUGCCAAAUUUCACAUUUCGAGUGUUCAACGCAAUAAGGGCGUAUCUACAUAUGAUUAUUAUAUGUAGAUACGCCCUUAUUGCGUUGAACCCUCGAUUUGAUACAUGAUAUGUAUUGCUUUAAUUUCAAGAUAGAUAAUGAUGUUCACCAAGAUUUGCUCAUUUUGUCUUUUAACUUACUUUUAAAUUAGCUCAUAAAAUUAUGCAAGAUUUAACUUACUUUUAAGUAAGGUCAUAUGCAAGAUUUGGGUUACUUUUUAGUUAGGUCAUAUGCAAGAUUUAACUUACUUUUAAAUUAGCUCAGAUGCAAGAUUUGAGUUAUUUUUUAGUUAGGUCAUAUGCAAGAUUUAACUUACUUUUAAAUUAGCUCAGAUGCAAGAUUUGACUUACUUUUAAGUAAGGUCAUAUGCAAGAUUUAAGUUGCUUUGAAUAAGCUCUGAUGCAAGAUUUAACUUGCUUUCAAAUUAGGUCAGAUGCAAGAUUUAAUGUACUUUUAAAUUAGCUCAGAUGCUUUUAAAUAAGCUUAGAUUCAAGAAUUUUGAAAAACAAAAGAGUAAAAGCACUUGAUACUACAGAAUAAUACUGUUAAUUUUUUUUUAAUGUAGCAGUUAUGUAUUUUACUAUUCCAAUGAAUUGCUUGCAUUUGCAAUAAUGAUUGUAAUGUUAGUAAUAUUUUUCUAUUUUGAGUAUAAGAAAUUAAGCUUUAUAUCCUUAUUGACUGUUUUCACUUCGGUAAAAAGUCCCAUAUAUCAAUACAACUAUAGAACCAUUCACUAAUAUUGUACUUACAUGAAAUUCAGUGCAUAUAUUUGGCCUUGAAAGCAGCUAAAUACAGUAUAGAUUUUGCAUGGCUUUAUUGUACAGAACAAUGGCAUAUAUUUCCAAGUGACAUCAUUUCAAAUACAUGAAAUUGUCAGCUAUGAUAAUUUGUUAUAGGUUAAAUGCAAGGUAGUGAAUAACAAAUAGCAUAGUUUGCAAACUAAUAUAAAUGCAAAGGUGUUCUGAAUUUGUGCAAUAUUUCAUAGUUUGCUUUUACAUUUUCUUGUAUAUAUACUUUUUACAUUAAAGCUACAUUGAUUAAUGCUGAAAAUUAUUGUAAAAUUUUCAGCUUUGUUAUUAUGACCUCUUUCAAAUAAAAGGGGUUAUAUUGUUCUGUCAAUGUAGGUUCGUCAGUCCGUCUAUAGACAAUUUGUUUUCUGCUGAGUAACUAGGGAACACUUCGGACUACAUUGUUUAGUCUUCAUAGGAUGAUUGCCUGGGGUCAGUUGAUGGGAGUCAGUAGUUUAAAGGUCAAGGUCACAGUAACCUUUAGACUGAAAAACAAUUCCUGUUUUAUAACUGGGGAAGGCUUAUGGCUACAAAAGUCGAACUUCAUAUAAGAUCAGUGUUAUUGAAUAGAAGAUGACCACAUUCUUUUUUAGUUGAUAUCUAUAUAGUUUAAUGGUUUACGUCUGAAUUUAGUUAAAUUUGCAAUGUUAUCAAUUUUGAUUCCAAAUAACUUCCCUAAAACUUAUGCAUACUUGCACAAGUAUGAACAAGUAUCAUAACCCUGUUCUAUUCAACAUUUCUUGUAUUAUUUAUGUCCAAACAAUGAUAAAGUUGUUAUUUUUCUCUUAAAGAGGUUUUGUGAAGUCCUUUCUAAAUACAUGUACAUAGAGUCAUGUUAUUUUUUUUUUUUUGUAAAUUGUAUUGUUUUAAUUGAGUUGUGUUAAACAAGAUUGAAGUUGGGGAACAGCUUUCUCAAAAUUGUGUUGCUUGGUGUUACUGCCUGGCCGCAAAACAGUUUCAAAUGCAGACCCCCAUGUAUUUCUUUUCUAAUGAAUACUGGUCUAGAUUUGUUGAGAAAAAGUUUAAACAUUUACAGAUUUGAAACUGAAAUGAAUUAAAUUUUGUAGAUUGGAAGAGUAAGUUAUUUUUUUUUUAUGUAAUUAAGUUUUUAAGGUUGUGUCCCCUUGUUUUUAUUCCAGUUUGCUACAAUGACUCUGGACUGAAAACGUUAUGCAUGUUGGUUUUACUUUGCCUUUGAGUUGAUAUGUACAAGUUCUACAUUGUGAAUCAGAUUUGCUUUAAUUUAAAUGAUAUUGCUUUAAGUAGUUUUAAACGAUUUUACACAAUGAUUUGUCUCUGUAUGGAAAAGUUAUAUUUGUCAUGUGUAAAGUUGAAUGAAAUGUUCUAGUUAUGUUAUGAGUUGAUGAAUGUGAUCUCGUUAAGCUGUGUCUUCCAAAGUUUUAUUUUUACGUAAUACGAAUUAUUUUAUUUGUGCAUGUUCACAAACUAGCCAAUUAAAUUUUGAACAACU